AUGACCAAAGAAUCCAUGGCUGUCUUUAUUAUGUUCUUCUUUCUUUUCUUCGCCACCUCUUCUGCAGCCUCUUCUAAAUUCGAUCUCCAUACAGCUUACCCUGAUCACUGUGCCUCAUUUGUUCCCCAGUCUUCCCCGAAAGGAGACGCGCAAGGACCGCCCGACCAACACUACCACACAGGUUACUACACCCGUGGCGGUGGCAGUGGAGUUCUUAGUCCUAGCCCAUUGUAUUAUCCUAACGAAAACUCUGUUCAAUUCGUUAUCCAGAGCAUUGGAGAAACUGAUGUUCAAGGCCUGAUCAAGCUUCAAGGGAGUUUGAUAUUUCCGAGAGAUGCGUUUUACUUUGUGGGAAGUACUUACACCACAAGUAACGGGUCCUCAUCUCGAUCAGUUCUUCGUCCAAGAAGAUCAAUACGUGUUACACUUGGUGGGUUCUGGUCACAAUCUUCCGGGAAGCUUUGUAUGGUUGGUUCGGGUUAUGAUUACUUGGAAGGACGAAGUUAUUUGCAUCACAUUCAUUCUGUUCUUAAGCUCCACAAUUUCACGAACUCCGCUAAUGUCACAAGUUUGAUUAGCGGAACCUUGGAGAGCAUGACCAGUUCGGAGAAUGAUGCAGAUUAUUUCGAACCAAUCUCUAUUUUGAUGCUUCCUAGCAUGAACUACCAGUACACUCUGAUUUCAAAUAAAUCCGAGACCAUCAGUAAUUCUGGUGGAACAGAUAGUUCCAAUCCCACAAGUUCCUUGAAUAUAAAGAGAUUUUGUUCUGUACUCUCAAGGGAAGUGCGAUACCAUGCAUUUGAUCUCAAAUACUCAAGCCGUUGCGUAUCUGCGAAAAACUGCACCCCAGUUGCUGCGUCUAGUUUUCCUCGGUUUAUGUUCUUGAAGCUUAUUGAAUGUUCGGAGAACACACGAAGGUUGAAAGUCCUGAUGGAAUUUGAAGACAGCAGCAACUUCUGGUAUCGAAGGUUCGAUCCCAAUACAACACUGGCUGGGGAAGGCUCAUGGGAUGCAGAGACAAAUCAGCUGUCUUUUGUUGCAUGUCGAUUCUUGGUUGCGGCAGGCUCUUGGAACAAUACUAGCGUCGGUGAUUGUUCAACAAGAUUGAGCUUGCGAUUUCCAGCUGUAUGGACAAUCGGAAACAGUAGUAGCAUGGUGGGGAAGAUUUGGAGCAACAAAACUGUGACAGAGUUGGGUUACUUCGAAAAGAUCACGUUCGAAAGUCUUGAGGAUGGCAAUGGAAGGAUUUCGAUUCCAGGCGCGAAGUAUGAGUACACGAAAAUCAACACCGUAAACAAGUUGUGCCCGAAAAAGGAGACCGCUCGUGGCAAGACCAAUGUGUACGCGGAUCCGUUUUCUUAUGAAAUGAGAUUUGGUAUGUCAGCUAAGAAUUCUGAAGGACAAGUUGCAUGGGGCGGUUCCGUCCCGAUUUCUGUUGGGGAUCAAUUUCAUCAGGCGUAUCGGUAUUCGAUUGCAAGCGCUGAAGAUGAAGAUGAAUCUACCGCUCCUGAGAGAUACAGCUACAACCACAGCAAAGCGUACAAUAUUAGCUACAAAAUAAGCAUCGACCGGCUAUCUGAUGCAAAGUUUGGAAAUACAUCAGUUUUAAACGAAAUGCAGAUCUUUGCCGAAGGGAUCUAUGAUGAAACCGAAGGCAGCCUGUGCAUGGUAGGCUGCAGAAUACUGGCCUCAAAGGGUCAGCAGCCAACAAAUGAUUCUGUAGAUUGCGAAAUUGCUGUCAAUUUUCUGUUCCCUUCAACAAAUCCAACCAAGAAUUCGGGUUUCAUCAAGGGCAGCAUAAAAAGCACACGAAAAAAGUCCGACCCUCUUCAUUUUGAAACUUGGGAUUUAACCUCAACUUCGGCCACCCUCUUCGAAGAAAGGCGGUCCAUUUGGAGGAUGGAUGUGGAGAUCAUAUUGGUUUUUAUAUCCACCACGCUGACGUGUUUCUUUGUGGCGCGACAACUCUUCCAUGUGAAAAAGUAUCCAGAUGUUCUUCCCUCCAUUUCCAUUUUCAUGCUACUAAUUCUAAGUCUUGGCUACAUGAUACCACUUAUGCUAAACUUCGAAGCCAUAUUCAUGAGUAGCACCAACCGCCAAAAUGUGUUCCUUGGAACCGGAGGAUGGCUUGAAGUUAAUGAGGUAAUUGUGAGGGUGAUAACAAUGGUACUGGUAGCUUUCUCGCUGCAAAUCCAUCUUCUGCAGCUAACUUGGUCAGCAAGAUCAAAAAAUGGAAAUCGCAACAAGCUCUGGCUCAUGGAGAAAAAGACUCACUUUGUGGUCUUACUACUAUAUGUUGGAGGGGCUUUCGCCAUUUUGCUUCUCCAUAAACAGAUUUGGAAGAAGGGCAACUACGCCGAGCGCUCAAUUUUAAGCAUUGCCUUCAAAUCUUACUCCGGUUUGGUUAUGGACGGUUUUUUGCUGCCUCAAAUUGUGCUCAACAUGUUCUGCAAGUCAAAGGAAAAUGCUCUAUCCAUUUCGUUCUACGUAGGAAUGACUUUUGUUCGAGCGCUGCCACAUGCAUACGAUCUUUACAGGGCUCACAACUUUGCUCAUCCCCAAUUCAACGAGUCGUACCUGUAUGCAAGCCCUGCAGCAGAUUUUUACUCCACUUCUUGGGAUGUCAUAAUUCCUUUUGGGGGUUUAGUGUUUGCUGGUGUCAUUUUCUUGCAGCAGAAGUUUGGGGGUCGUUGCUUUCUCCCCAAAAAGUUGAUAGAGUUGGGUGAAUAUGAAAAGGUCCCUACUGUUAGCAUAGGGUAA